AUGUCCGCGUGGUCCAGCGCAGCCGGAAAGCCUCACCUCUCGUAUGCCGAGCGGCUGAGGAACGCAGCGAAACCGCCGCCCAGCGCCAACGCCACCUCGCCAAAGAAUGAACCGGCUCCCUCGAGAAUCAUCAAUGCCAACAUAUCGCAGCAGCAGAGACCCCUCGCCUCCUUGAGCCGCUCCAGCCACGACGAGAGUGUCACCUCUGCCAUGCCCACCGCAGACAGCUCAGCAGCUGAGCCGACACCGGCAUCGUCUGCCGCAGCGGGCGACACGGCGACAGACAGCGCCAAGCCCCCAGCUUCUCCGCAGCAUCCUGAGACUUCGAGGCAGUCGGAAGACGUCCAAAGGCAAGGUGCCGAUGCCGCCAAGCCAGCGGCCAAGCCUCCAGCCGUCAACAUAUGGGAGGCGAGAAAGAAGCAACUGGCCGAAAAGGAGGCCGAAAAAGAGCGGUUGAGGCAGCAGCAAGCAGCUACGCAGAAAAAGGCAAGCGUGACGGCAGCUUCCGCUGCUGGCUCGACGAGCAAGCCGUCCAAGAACGCAGCCGCAGCGGCCUCGGUGUCGUCAACCUCGGACUCGACCACCGCCAAGACCAAACAGGUCAAGGCUCCGUCCGCGGCAGGUCCGGCCUCCUCGGGACAGAAGGGCAAGCAGGAGCGAGCCUCUAAAGCGGGCAGCGCGGGCGGAUCCGCGAGCUCAGAGAAGAAGCAGCCUGCCAAAGGCGCAGAGUCUUCGGCGCCCGCCGUACCCAAGGCGCAGAUCGCCGCCAAGGUCUCGCUGCCACAGGGCGCGGCACAGGGCCAGACGCCAACACCUGGCGACCCUUCGGCACCGAGCAGCUCGAUGGAUGCGACAUCGUCCGGUGCUGGUCGUCCGAAAGUGGAAAGUGCGAGCCAGAGGUCGCACACUCAGCCCGGGGAUGCAACGGCCGAGGUCCCGGCGAGCGCAGCAGCAGGCACGGGAGGCGCCGGCAGGCCACUCCAGCCAGAGGCACAGUCCCCAGCAUCAGGUGCCAAGCUCGUCAAGCAAGACACGGCCAAGCAGGCUGCCGCUACGCAGCCAAACCCGCGCAGCGAGGUUCCUCAGGCCAUCACUUCAGGGACGGCGCAAGCUCCGGCGCAACCUUUGGCAGGUUCGACACCAGCUUCGACGGCGGCAGCGGCCGACGCGACCCCUGACGAAGGUGGCGUCGCUGCUGGAACCGAGCCGACGGCCAGCGUCGAGGCUGCGAUCGAGAGGGAGCUGCAAGCAGUCAGGCCUCCCAGCGCGGUGGAUGACGAUGCCUGGCUCGCCCGGAUCCACCUGCUCAAUGGAGGGCAGAACAUGCCGAAAUACGGCGAUUAUGGACCGGGCGGCAAAGGGUUUGGCAUCGGCGGGGGCCUGCAGGGAAGCGACGGUGCCAUGAGCGAGGCAGACAUGCUCGCGGCCAAGAAGGCCGAACGUGCGGUGGCUGCGGCGUGGGGCGCCGGCAAGAAUGUCUGGCAGAAGAGCCAGCAGCAGAGGCAGGCACAACAACAACAGUCCACCGCGCCCUCUGCAUAUCCCUCGCCGUCGCAGCAGCCCGGUCCAUCUGGCACGCAUGCGGUCGCCCCCUCUGCCGUCGUGAUUGGGUGCAGUGACAACAGCUCGGCCGUCCGGCUCGUCGAUCCGAGCGCCCUGGCCGGUCAGGCCCAGGUCGACGCUUCAUCGGCGAGCAAGAAGAAACGUCGGCCAUCCAGUGCGGCAAGGCAGCCCGGCACCCGGCCAGAAACGACGCUGACGGAAGCCGGUAAAGUGACAACCAUUGACAACCCCGACAGACGGGACGGACAGCGAAGCAGAGCCGAGCUCGCUCGCGCGGGUGAGGCCUCCACCUCUGAGACGCUGCAGCGGGCCAGCACAUCGUCAUCUGCACAGAAGGGUCCAUCAGGUCAGAUCGCCGUCGGAGAUGGCGGUCAUGCGGUUCAAGGCAGCGGCAAGAAGAGCAAACAAGCCGCCUCCGUGGCAUCGAACGCCUCGCAGGCCAGCCAAGCUCAGAGCAGCGGGAAAAAGGGGCAGGCCGGCAAGGCCUCGCAGUCGAAGCCCGAGGCGAACAAGGCUGGCGUCAACCAAGCGUCGCAGCAACAGCAAAAGAAGGGCCAGCAAGGUGCAGGAUCCAAGGGCGGCAAAACGUCUCAGCCCCCGACGGAAGGUGCUGAUGGCGCUUCGCCUUUAGACGCGUCUUUGCGGCCGCCCAGUGCGCGAAGUCAAGUCGCCGGCCCAUCGCAGCAGGACUCGGGCAAGAGCUUCGGCGCAAAGGGCGGAGAGAGCGUCGCCAACGCGGCUGGGACGCCGCUGAGCAGCAAGGUUGCAUCUCGCCGGAUCAACGGCCUUGUCAGCGAGAGCAGCGGGCUCAGUUCCGGACAGAACAGCGUUGCUGGCUCGCCGAGAGCGAGACCGGCGCAUCUGCCCGCAACGCCGCCGCCGCCCGCCAGCUUCCCUCCACGCAACGACAGCAGCGUCGCGCAGCCCAUGUCGAUCUCGGCGUCGGCGCAGCACUUUGCUCAGGGCGCGCUCGGCGUCUCGGCGUCUCCGCGCGCCUCUCCGCGAGUUUCGCACGCGACGCACGACGCAUCACAUUCGCCCAGCAAGGCGACAGACGCCAGUAGGCCCAAUGCAGGCGCGGGUCCGCCGAGCAGCAGCAGCAACGCCUCGGCUCAGGACAGCUGGCGAGGCGGGAGCAGCACGCCAAAGCGCGGCAGGGGCGCAGCGCGCGGCUCCACGCGCGGGGCACCCGGCGGCCGAGGCGGCAGUCGAGGUGGCGCGCCCGACACCUUCUCAACUCACGCCACGCCGGCAAGCCGCGAACGGCGACCUUUCAACGGUUCCAGCAACCCCGAAUCGCCGCUCGCGGGCCGUACCUACCCGCGUGCCAGCGCCCAGUACCAGUACUAUUCCGGCUUUGUGCCGGCCUACAUGGGCGAGGCGGUUCCCGAGACGGCCAUGGCCUAUGACGGCGGCUCAGACCAGGCCGGGUAUGGCAACCUCCAGAUGUACGCCUCGCCCUCCUCCGCCGCCGCCGCCGCCACCGCUGCCCCUGGACAGGGCUACUUCGGUCAGGUGCAGACGCCGAUGUCGGCCCAGUGGGCGCGCUACUAUGCCAACACCGCGUCGCCGCAGGACGUCUUCUCCCAGGGCGGAGGAAUGAUUGAGACGACGAGCCAGACGGGCGCCCACGUCCCCGCGGGCAGCACGCAGCAGCUGCUCACGCAGAUCGAGUUUUACUUUUCGCAGCGCAACCUGCUUGGCGACUUUUUCCUCCGGCAGCGCAUGGACUCGCAGGGCUGGGUCGACAUCGCCACUGUGGCCAGCUUCAAGCGCGUCCAGCAGGUCACGACGGACCUCAACACGGUCAGGGAUACGCUGCUCUACAGCGCAGUGCUCGACGUCGACGUCGAGAGGAUGAAGGUGCGGAAGCGCUUCGGGUGGGAGGCCUUUGUGCUGCCCGAGGACUGGAAGGCGCCCGAGUUGGCGGCGGCGUCGGCCUCGGCAGCAGCCCAGCCCGACGUGGCCAACAGCGCGACGCCGAGCAAGGUUUCGACGGCCAUGUCAUCUCCGCCGAGCUCCUUUACUCGAGCAUCCCAGGACGAGCGAGAGGCGGCUGAGGAUGGCGGCGGCGGCGACGACUGCGCCACGCCCGCGGGCUUGCAGGCGGCAGAGGGAGCGCGUCGACCCAGCUCGUCAAAGGAAGACGAGUACAUGAACCUCGGCAUCGUCGCAGCGUCGGGCCUGGGUGGCACGCUUUCCUCGCUCGCAACGUCGUGCUCGUCGGCACAGACAUCGGCACUGGCACCGGCGCCGGCGAUUGCAGAGGUGCCGAUCAAGGCGCCCAUCAACAGCGGCAGCAGCAGCAGCAGCACGACCUGA